UCCCCAAUCAUGCUAUAACAGUCAUUUCCGGUUUCCGUAACGCGCUACUCUUAAGCAUACAUUCUUUGUAGUUAUGUAUAUAGCUUUUGAAACUGAUUAAGUGCAAAACAAAAUGGAUGAAAAAAUACGUGUUUGUUUCAUUCUACUUUGGAUUUUAGGACAACUUUCUUGGACACAAGCAAACAAAAAGAUCUGCAAUCAGAAGUUAUGGUGCAGCGACUGUAUAACAGCGCAUCAAGACUGCGCUUGGUGUAAAAAUAAGGAUUUUAUAGGAGCAAGAUGUAGCACUAAGGACGAUCUCAUUGACAAUGAAUGUAAUGAUGAGGACAUCAUCUUUCCUAACAAUACAGCUUCAUUUCCACAGAACAAAAAUUUACGAGAUGGGAGCGAGCAUCAUGACCCGAUUCAACUGUCACCGCAGCACGUGAAACUAACUCUUAGACCAGGCAAGACGUAUUCCUUUGACAUGAAGUACCGUGUGGCUGCCAAUCUACCUAUUGACAUGUAUUUUGUGAUGGAUUUCACAAUCACAAUGAAAGAUCGAAUCACAGAGCUAGCAGGUCUUACGGCGGAUUUAAUUGAUGGCCUGAGGGAAAUGUUUACGAAGAAUAUUCACAUCGGAUUUGGUUCCUUUGUUGACAAACCCGUUCAGCCGUUCAGCAUAACUACCGCUCAACAUUUGGCAAACCCAUGUGUUUUACAGAAGACACAAUGCGAACCUACCUACGGAUACAUUCACAGAAGAAGGCUAAAUAACGACGUCAAUAGAUUUAUUAACACUAUAAGGAAUGCCAACACAUCUGCAAACUUUGAUCCGAUGGAAGGAGGGCUAGAUGCCGUACUACAAGCUGCAGUGUGUCCGGACAUCGUAGGAUGGAGGAACCAGUCCAGACGGGUUUAAGUGUACAUUUCAGACAGUGGAUUUCAUUUUGCGGGGGACGGAAAGCUGGCAGGGAUAGACAAACCAAACGAUUGUUCUUGUCACAUGGCACCUUACAAAAACAGUCCGGAGGAAUCUAUCUACACACACUCUGCUAUUCUUGACUAUCCAUCUUACGGACAAUUGAAGAAGGUUCUAGCAGAUAACAAUAUUAAUUCAUUCUUUGUUGUGGAAAAAACUGACAAAGUUUUGUACAAAGGGCUGACAGAUAUGAUAGGGGGUCAGUCUGCCACAGAGACCAUGGACGCCGAGGGAGCUAACGCCAUUGUCAGCAGUAUAACGACUUUCUUUAAAGAUCUGAGUGAGAAGGUAGUCAUUACUGCUGAGGAUCUCCCUGAAGAACUUGAUGUAAUUGCCGAGACAAACUGCAGUCACCAACGCAUAAAAAGUACAUACAACAUGAGAGAACUACCGAUAAAGUGCAGCGAUCUGGAAAUUGGAAAGGAGGUUCAUAUCAACGUGUCUAUAGUGGCGAACGAAUGCCCUAAGGAUGGAAGCAGGACAAAGCUAUUCAAAUUUGUACCAUCAGGACUUCAGGAAUCACUGCUGUUAGAAGUGGAAUUUAUCUGUGAUUGUGAAUGCAAGAAGUCAGAGGAACUGGAUAAUGAGAAGUGUACACAGGGUAACGGUACUUACGAAUGCGGAGUGUGUAAGUGCAAACCAGGUAGGAGCGGCGAGUUUUGUCAAUGUGAUAAUGACGAUUCUUCCUCUGAUCUCAGUAUUCAGGAAGCGAACUGCAGAAAAAACAACGAUAGUGAAUCGUUGUGUGAAGACCGUGGCGUGUGCAAAUGUGGCCAGUGCAUCUGCCCUAAAGAUUACGAAGGGAAGUACUGUGAAUGUGACAAUACGAAAUGUAUUGAUCCAGUCAGUACUAGUACCGAAAAAUGCACAAAUAAGGAGCAGGGUACUUGUGAAUGCGGAACGUGCGUUUGUAAGAAUAACUACUUUGGUGAUUUUUGCCAGUGCCCGUCAAAUGCUAACUGUGUCUCACAAAAAAAUGGAAAAGUAUGCAGUGGCAAUGGAGUGUGUUCAUGUGGUAAAUGUGACUGCAAAACUGGGUACAAUGGAACAGUCUGUGAGGAUUGUCCGCGGUGCGACAACUGCCGGAAGUGUGGAAACGAUGCGCAAAAGAGUUGCGUAACAUGUCUCGAUGCGCACAGGAAAAGUGAUAACGCUUCACACACGGACUGUCAAGAGGAAUGUUCGAGUCUGGAAGUAACCAUGGUCGCAAGAUUUCAGAAAGCUGUACAGCCUUGUGGAACAUUUGACAAAGAUAAGUGUCAAAUCAACUACAUCAUACUUUGUGAGAACGACACCAUUCAUCUGCAUCUUGCCAAAACAAAGCAAUGUGUGAGCCCACCAGAUCCUCUCCUGAUAGCCUUGCCAGUACUGGGAGGUAUCAUUGGUGUUGGACUUCUACUCCUGAUCAUCUGGAAGAUUCUUACUUCCUUCUACGACAAGAUUGAAUACGCUAGAUUUGAACACGAGAUACAGAAUCCGAAAUGGAGUCAGACCGACAAUCCAAUUUACAAGACGCCGCUGACGUCCAAUCAGAAUCCAGUCUACAAAGGAACGGUCGAUGAUUAGAAUGACAGUCAACCCCUAAGUCCAGUCUACAUGUAUAAGCUGAAAUCUGUGAGGACUAGAUUAAAAAUCCAUAAGGAUAUGCAUGGUUUUGUUGCUGGUGCAUUUUCUCAUUAUAAUUUUAGAAACGUUUUGUUCAACCUUUCUUUUUUAAUGUUGUACUUUUUAAGAUCAAUCUGUACAUAAUUUGUCAGCGAUACUGUUGAUAUGGUGAUAUUCGCGAUAGUUUUAUACAUAAUACUGUAGAUCGGGCGAUAUUCGCGAUAGUUUUAUACAUAAUACUGUAGAUCGGGCCAUAUUCGCGAUAGUUUUGUACAUAGUUUGUCAGCGAUAUUGUAGAUCGAGUGAUAUUCGCUAUAGUUUUGUACAUAAUUUGUCAGCGAUACUGUAUGUCGGGCGAUAUUCGCGAUACUUUUAUUUUCACUAAUAUUCGCGAAUACGUGAAUACUCGUGAAUUCAAUAUAUUUUUGAAUAGUAAUCUGCGUCAUGUCAUAAAAUACAAACACUCACGUUUCGCCAAUUUUUAACACCGCUAAUGUGACUGCUUACCAUGACGCUAAGAAUGCGUACGCAAAAAUAGCCCAAUCUACAGUAUAUAAAUAUUUAGCUUUGUUAUGUUUUAUGCUUAAAAUGAUGUACACUUUUUAUUUGUAAAUAUGUCAGUCCUGUUUUUUUCCUUUUUCUGCUCGGUUUUGCGUUUAAUAUGUGUUUGUAGAUAAUGUGUGGUUAUAUGAAUUAUGUGGUUAUAGAUUUUAAUCAAGUUAUUAUUUACAACAGGGUCAGAUGUGCGAUUAUAUUUUUGUAAUUGUUUCAUAUUAUUAUGUCUGAGAGUUUGCUUCUGUGGCAGGAGCUGGAUAAGUCAACCUGUUAAUCUUUACUUAUAUAUAUCUUUCGAAUGUUGUUUGAAACCUGUCGCCUUUUGUAAGAGUUUAGUCAUCCGCGGGAUUUCGUAUGUUGUAUGUAACCUGUCGACUUUUGUAAGAGUUUAGUCAUCCGAGGUAUUUCGUAUGUUGUCUGAAACCUGUCGACUUUUGUAAGAGUUUAGUCAUCCGCGGUAUUUCGUUUGUUGUCUGUAACCUGUCGACUUUUGUAAGAGUUUAGUCAUCCGCGGUGUUUCGUAUUUUGUCUGUAAGCUAUCGCCUUUUGUAGUUUAGUCAUCCGCGGUAUUUCGUAUGUUGUCUGUAACCUGUCGACUUUCGUAAGAGUUUAGUCAUCCUCGGGAUUUCGUAUGUUGUCUGUAAGCUGUCGCCUUUUGUAAGAGUUUAGUCAUCCGCGGUAUUUCGUAUGUUGUCUGAAACCCGUCGCCUUUUGUUAGUGUUUAGUCAUCCGCGGUGUUUUGUACUUUGUCUGUCGUGCGUUGUCUGCCUUUUAUUUCUUGUUAACCUUUACCCUGUUAAAUUUUUAAAAAUGGCCUGGUCCAUCAUUCUGUUUGGGCAGUACCUCUUAUGAUUCAAAGGGGUGUUCACUGAAAAUUUACUAACUGAAUAGCGAACAGUGCAGACCAUGAUCAGCCUGCACGGAUAUUUGACGCCCUUCUUUCAGGGGUUUAAAGAUACAUUGAUGGAAGUUAUACCACUACACAAUUUACUGUAUCAUUUUAAUAUGCCAAUACUAGAGUUGCUUCUGAAAACAUUGAAAUCCUAACUACGUUAUCAGAUGUGCAGGUGAGCGAUAUAGGGCCCAGCAUUGUUGUUCAUUUUAAAUUUCUUCCUACUGGCUCUCCUUCCUAUAUCAACAAAUUCUCACUAACUUACCCUCGCACUGUUUAAAUUCUCAAAUGAAUUGGACGCUAGUGCUCUAUUUCUUUUCAAAACAGUAUAAUUACUCGUGUUAAAGUUAGCACACUGCUGUAUAUAAUUCUUUCACACAUCUCCGGUAACCACAAAAGGGUCUGUUCUAGAGAACAAUUGUAAUAUUGUACAUUUAUCUACAUUUAUCUUUAUUUUCAGAAUUGUCUUCUUUUGUAAAAUAAGACAUAAAUUGUAUAUAUAGUCUAAGGAAAUGUAUUUUUGUGUUAUAUUUUGUUAUUUAUGUAAUCACUUUUAUCAUUUUAAACAUUAUUAUCAUUUGAACAGUCUUGCACGUGCGGAUACUCGGAAAACUUGAUUAUUUGAAAAGUACAUUUACAGGUCCUCAAGUUUAUUUUUGCCACGCCAAUAAGGGGAAAACAACAAGUACUUCUUCACAUAAAAACAAAGAUUUUUAUGUGUCAAAUAUAGGGUUUGGUUAUCUGAUUUAUUUCUUACUUUUAAUUUUUAUUUGACUGCAUUUUUAAAGCAGUGAAAAGUUAAGAAAAAUUGACUUUCCCAUGGGAAAGGGCGUUUUCCCAAUGGGAAUGCCAAUAUUUCCCAUGGGAAAAUAAUAAUUUUCCCCAUGGAAAAGGUACGUGAACUGGUUCCCAACUGAACGCCAGUUUCCCAUGGGAACUUCCCACGGAAAACAUUUUUUUAGGAAAUAUCUUAAAACACAUACUAUUCAAUAUAUAUCAUCUUCGUACCAUAACAAAAUUUCUGAUUAACUUUCCACAUAUUAAGCUGUUGUUUUUUUUUAAAAAUUUUCCCGUGGGAACGCUUUUCGAAGGGAGAUUACAUAUUUUCCAAUGAAAAACAAUUUCCACGGGAAAUAAACGCAUUUCCUAUGGGAAACAGUUCCCAAGGGAAGCGUGUCAAAACGUUUCCCAUGGAAAACAUUUCCCAUGGGAAUGAGAUAUAUUUUCAUAAAUAGUUCACAUUAACAUUUUACAUGUGCAGAACUUUUAAUAGACACUCAGUUACGUGUUAAGGGGUAUAAAUAACUAUUUCUAAAACUGUUAAGGAAUUGUAUGUUUAUAUUAAAUGUACAUGGUUUUUGGUUUCAAAUGUUCUUUAGGGUCAUAUACGUUUAUCCCUAGUCUGGCUACAGACUAGAUAAUCCUUUCAUUUUUUAAUUUCAUCUUUCUUGGUUCUGAUUAUCUUCUACAUUUUGAGAAAAAAAGGGACAUAAUUAUACAAAAUUUCAAUAGCCUCAGGUGUGAUCUCCUUUGAACAAAACAUAGGGUAUGAACACAGACUAGUCCAUUCCGAAUUUAUUUUAUUGACCGCUAAAUCUCUCUUAUUUAGUAGUAAUUAUGCCAAUAUUUCGAAAGAAACUGCACACCAUGGCCGUUCCUAGGACAAAUUAUGUUUACUUUUAUGAAACAACCGUCGUCCUGUUAAAAUUUAACGAAUGUAAAUAUGGCACUGCGGCUAGACAAAUAUGCUCGUAUUCAAUUUGAUGCGAUUGGUGGGGUGAACCAAAUAGGAACUGUAUUACAAAAAAAUGUCUAAAACAUUUUUGUAAUUCUGUAUGGUCAGUCAUCAACGGUGUUUAAUUCUAUUUAUAUGUAACAACGAUUGAUUUAGCGUCCUAUACUAUUUUUUGCACUAGUAAUUAGAAUUGUUUACUAUCGGUGCAUCCUUCAGUUGUAUAAAUUGAUAUUUUUUGCAUGAUAUGGGCUCCUCAUACUAAGCUCAUUUUUGCAUCUUAUUCAAUUAAUCACUGCUAAGUGGCAUGGGGAAUACAGCUUCAUGAGCUCUGAGAAUCAGGUGCAUUAAUAUUUUAGUUCUAACUAAAAUUUCUUGAAGCAGCCAGUAGAUGGACAUUUCUAUUGGGAUUCCCAUGUGAAACCAGUCCCAUGGGAUUCCCAUAGAAUUACCGUGGAAAUGGUUUCCCAUGGGAAACUUGAAAUUAGCAAUUUCUUCAUUUUUUACAAAAUAAACAAUGAAAAUGUCUUAUUUGAAUGCAUAUUACGAAAAUGUAUUAAUUUAAAGCUGAAAAUAGAAAUAGUUAUUUUCCCAUGGGAAUUUCUCAUUGGGAUAUUAGACAGUAUGUUCCCUAGGGAAAAAUAACGUUCCAUGGGAAGGUGCUUUUCCCCAAGGGAAAUGACCGUUUCUGAUGGGAAAUCUGUAAUUGCCUGUGGGAAAGCUCAUGUUUGAAAGACAGUUUAACCAGAAAGGAUAGCGAUAGGACACUGAAAAUACUUGGUUAAUAUACGGUAGCAAAGUCUUUUAUUUGAACACUCAUUUGACUUUGAACUCUUUCUAGAAGUACUAAGCUUUCUUGCGAAAUAUUGUUCAUGGCAAAUUGAAAUUGGCAGCUUAACACAAACAGUAAAUGGGCAAGAUUGUGUACUCCUAUUUCAAAAGGUACACAAUUGAUCAUAUCCAUAUUUUUACUUAAUUUAUAUUAUUGUUUUGUUUAAAAAUAAUUUCAAAUCUUUUUUUAAAUAUAAAUUUAGACAAAAUCAAGGGUUUGGGGGUGGUGGUGGUGAGAGAUUUCGUUGUUAUUGAUCAAAUUGAGCAAGGGGAUUUAGUCCGUCGGGGAUUUUUUCCUAAACAAUAGAAUAUUGCGACUUUUAUUUUGAUAUGUUAAAGUACAAUAAAUGUCGAUUUUUACUAAAAUGAAUUUUGAACCCUUGAAAAGUAUAAGGAAAGAAUUAUCUGAAAAAAAAGUUCAUGAUACAAGGUAAAACAUAGACUAAAUCUUUGAACGGUCUCGCGGAACUGAGCAUUUCAGUUUUCUAUUUAUUUAUAAAAAGUUACAAACAUGCUGGGCAAAAUUAUAUUUCUACGUUAGUUUACUAGUUUGUUUUCUUUUUCAUAAUUUAUUUUGUUAUCUUUUUCAGAAUUAAGAAGUAAAUUACAACAAAACUGUUCUAUAGUGAAAUAUUUUAUUAAGUUGUUUUUCUCUCUAAACGUUGGGAUAUGUAGAAAACCCGAUUGAUUAAAAUGGCUGGGUAGUGUGUUUUAAUAUUUUCGUUAAGGUAGUGAAUCUGUUAUGACAACCGGCAGAUUACGUAUUUUCCGUAUGUGAUUUCGGCAUUUUCCGGCUUUUGCCGAAUGUCAUGCGCACGCAUUGAGCUACAUUAAUGUCCGAAGAAUGCCGCAUUGCCUAGCAAGAAUACGUAAUCACACGGAAAUUGUCGAGUGUUAUUACUGGUCCAUAUCCUUAAAUGAUACGAAAAGAACAGUUUGAUGGCUUUUCCUCGUUUAGAAAAAAAGAAAAAAAGAUAGACAUAUUUGAAGGGAGCAUAAUUUAGAAUUUUAUUGAAUAACAUAACAUUUUAGUUUCUACUACCAUAAUUAAUCUAUAGAAUCCUUUAAAGUUAGCAAUUUAUCAAUCAAUGUGCAUGGCGAGCGUUUUAUUCACGACAAUAACUUAGUGACAAUAUUGGAAAUAUAAGUGGCAAAUGAAUAUAUCUUUCCGGACUCAGACAUGAAAAUGCAAUUUGUACUUUACUUUUUUAAAUCGUUAUUUUAUUCUUAUAUUCAGUGACCAGCUCUGAUGGCAGAAAUAAGACAAUCUGCUAUAGAUUCAAAGAAAGUUAAACAGAUGCGUUUUAAUUGUUUCCUUAUAGGUUUAGUUACACUAUGACACUAGAAAAUAUUUGGAAUAAAAUGUGACUGUUAAAAUAAAAAGUAAGUUGAA